AUGACAAAAGAUCAGGGAGUAACAAUAGAGCUUUCAAGAAGCAAAGAAGCAGAUAAGGGAGAGAUAACUUAUAUAGAUGAUACCGGAAACCAGAAUAUUAAAGUCACAAGAAAGGAAGAGCCUAGUGGAUCUGGCUUCCUCAAGUAUAUUCAUCAAGCUUCUGGUGAUGGAGAAAAUUUUAUACUAAAGGAAGUACAAGAUGAUAAAAAGAAUAAUGUUAUUGAAGAUAGUAGUAUAGACCAGGUAACCUCAGUUUCCUCCUAUUACUGGAGGCAUGAGAAUGGUAAUGGCCAGACACCUAGUAAGGUACUCUUGGUAGGAGUUAGUACCAAUGAUAAAGGAACUAUCUAUUAUGCCAGGAAUGGUAGUGGCACUGAUUGGAUCGAACAAUCCCAACUCCAAGAUGGCGAACAGCUUGAGAGGGAACUUGAUAAUCUUAACUGCCAACAUAACAAUGCAGUUACCAUGGAUCUAUAUUUUAUAACUUCUAGGAAUCUUACAGACAAUCUUUCAUCUCCAGGUGAGAACAAAUAUUGUUGUUAUGAGCAUGGAGGUAAUAUAGAAUAUGGUAGUCUUGGAGAUAAUAAGAUCUAUGUUGAGCGACAGGAAGUUCAUUGUAAACAACAGACUCAUAGGACUUCAACCACCCUUACAGCCUACUACAAACACUCAAUUGAGGCUGGAUCAACACUUGCAAAGAUUAAAUACAAAGACAGUAAAGGUGAUAGAAAGAGAAUAAAACUAAGUGACCAUCCGUUUCCCAUUAAAGGACCAGCUAGCGUCUCUGCUUUUUAUUGUACAGGGAAUGAGCCUGUGCUAAUCUACGUUGAAGGUGGAGACGUUCCAAUUAAUAAGUGGUAUAAAAGGAAUGGUAACUAUGGAGAAUGGGUAGAAGUCUCCAGUCACCUCAAAAAGAAUAUAACACCAAAGGAUUUAAGUGAGAGUACAGAAUGUGCGAACUGGAAUGUACUUGUAGAUGCACUAAGAGAAGCAAGCUGUAGAAACUAUUCAAAAUGUACUGAUAUUAAAUCCUUAGGUAGUUUUCAGGGUACAACUGAUAUACCUGAAAGACUUAGUGGAGAAGCUGGUCUACCUGGAGCUGCUACCGGCAGAAAUAUCAGAGUUGGUAUUACCCCUAUACCUACUGAAGCAGGGGAAUAUACAGCCAUAACUACUUCUGGUCUUUCUAUAGUUACUGUUCACGAGAGUGGUCAUGUUUCUGGUAUUCUUGGUUCUUCUGUGUCUGAUACCGUUGUUAAUGAGAAUGAAGUUAAAGCCUCUGAAAGAAGUGUUAAAGCUCAUACAGAACAUCCAAAAGCUGAAACUAAAACUCCUGACUUUAAAUCCGAUCCGCUUGAAGUUCAAGAAGAUAAUAAACAGGAUGUUGCUCCUAAAGGUCCUCAUGCUCCUGCUGGUGGUACAGGUGUUCAAAAAGGUACUGAUUCUUAUAAAAAGGAUAUUCAUAGUGAUAAAGAUGGAGUUGUAGAAGUCCUUCUCAAAACAUUGGUAAACCUUGGAAUAACUGGACCAGCUCUGACUGGACUAUAUACUAUUGAUACAGCUCUUGAACUAGCCGGAAAGGUUGUUGAUCCAAAACUUUUUGCUGUUCUAUCUCUUGGUGAAGGUACUCCUAGAUCUAAAUCUGAUAUACCCAUAGGACCUACUGGUGAAGCUGGACCAUCUCCUCCCGGAGCCGAUAAUACUGCCACCGAUAGAGGUGAUGGAAUACAACCUCCUGACAAAGUAGCCGAAGGACCUCAAAAACAAGUUCAAGAACCUCCUAAAUCUGUUGCUGAAGAUAAACCUACUUUUCAAAAAAUUAUUGAUCCUGCUACUCCUAUUGGUCUAGGAGUAAUCGUCUCUUCUGUUUUUGGAGGAUCCGGCGCAGCUGGCUUUUUGGGAUAUAAGGGUUAUAAGUUCUACCAACGCUUUAAAGGAGACCCAUGGGUUAGACAGAUUUGA